AUGGCGGCUCGGCAAAAGUUCCCACCCUGCGGAAGGCUGGUCCUGCUGUGCUUGCUUUUGGCGGCCCUGUGGGAGGCCGCGGCUGGGCAGAUGCGCUAUUCUGUGCCAGAAGAGAUCGACAAGGGCGCUUUCGUGGGCAACAUCGCCAAAGACUUGGGGUUGGAGCCCCUGGCACUGGCAGAACGGGGAGUCCGCAUCGUCUCCAGAGGUAGGACGCAGCUUUUCUCUCUGAACCCGCGAAUGGGCAGCUUGAUCACCGCGGACAGGAUAGACCGCGAGGAGCUCUGCGCUCAGAGCGCGCCGUGUCUGGUGAAUUUUAACAUACUUCUGGAAGAUACACUGAAUAUUUAUUCAGUAGAGGUGGAAAUAACAGAUAUUAAUGAUAACGCCCCUCGCUUUGGAGUAGAACAAUUGGAACUAAAAAUCAGUGAAACGACUACUCCAGGAUUCCGGAUUCCGCUUAAGAGUGCUCAUGAUGCGGACGUAGGAGAGAACACCCUCCAGAAGUAUGAACUCAACCCAAAUGACCACUUCUCUCUGGACGUGCGAAGCGGAGCGGAUGGGAACAAGUAUCCAGAGCUGGUGUUGCAGCGUGCCCUGGACCGCGAAGAAGAGGCCCUUCACCACCUCCUUCUCUUGGCUUACGACGGGGGCGACCCUGUCCGAUCUGGCACCUCACGAAUCCGAGUGACAGUCCUGGACGUGAACGACAAUGCGCCUGCUUUUACUCAGCCUGAGUACCAUGUAAGUGUUCCGGAGAAUACGCCCAUAGGCACCCGGAUACUCACUGUAACCGCCACUGACGCAGAUGACGGAUACAAUGCUCAAGUAGCAUAUUUUCUAGAAAAAAAGCCUGGAGAAACCUCAGAGGUAUUUGAGCUUAAGUCAACAUCUGGAGAUAUAGUGAUCAUAAAAAAGCUGGAUUAUGAAGACGCCAAAUUCCAUGAAAUUGAUAUUGAAGCUCAGGAUGGUCCUGGCCUUCUAACCAGGACAAAGGUCAUUGUCACGGUUCUGGACAUAAAUGACAAUGCCCCAGAAUUUUACAUGACAUCUGUUACUAGCUCAGUUCCUGAAGACUGUCCUCCAGGAACCAUAAUUGCACUUUUCAACGUACAUGACAGAGAUUCAGGGGCGAACUCCUUCAUCGAAUGCUCACUCCCUGAGAGUCUUCCUUUCAAGUUAGAAAGGUCAGUGGACAAUUACUACAGACUAGUUACAACCAACCCCCUGGACAGGGAACAGGUUUCCUUUUACAACAUCACUGUGACAGCCACAGAUGGAGGGAACCCAUCUCUGUCUACAGAUGCUCAAGUUUUACUGCAGGUGUCAGACAUCAACGACAACCCUCCUGCCUUCCUUCACACGUCCUACUCUGCCUACAUUCCUGAAAACAAUCUCAGAGGAGCCUCCAUCUUUUCCGUGAUGGCGUAUGACCCCGACAGCGACAACAACGCCCAUGUCACUUAUUCCUUGGCAGAGAAGACCAUACAGGGGACACCUGUGUCCUCCUUUGUCUCCAUCAACUCCGACACAGGAGUCUUAUAUGCGCUGCACUCCUUUGACUUUGAGCAGUUCCGCGACCUGCAGUUGUGGGUGACAGCACGGGACAGCGGGGACCCAUCGCUCAGCAGCAAUGUGUCGCUAAGCCUGUUAGUGCUGGACCAGAACGACAACGCACCCGAGAUCCUGUACCCCGCCCUUCCCAUUGACGGCUCCACCGGCGUGGAACUAGCACCCCGCUCUGCAGAGCCCGGCUACCUGGUGACCAAGGUGGUGGCGGUGGACAGAGACUCAGGUCAGAACGCUUGGCUGUCCUACCGCCUGCUCAAGGCCAGCGAGCCAGGGCUCUUCACGGUUGGGGUGCACACCGGCGAGGUGCGCACGGCGCGAGCCCUGCAGGACAGAGACGCGCUGAAGCAGAGCCUCGUGGUGGCCGUCCAGGACCAUGGCCAACCUCCUCUCUCAGCCACCGUCACGUUCACCGUGGCGGUGGCCGACAGCAUCCCUGACGUCCUAGCGGAUCUAGGCAACCUUGAGCCCUCUCGCGAUUCUGACGCCUCCGACGUCACACUGUACCUGGUGGUAGCUGUGGCCGCUGUUUCUUGCGUCUUCCUCGCCUUUGUCAUUGUGCUCCUUGCGCUGAGGGUGCGUCGCUGGCACCAGUCUCGCUUGCUCCAGACCGCUAGCGCAGGUAUGGCCGGCGUGCGGGGCUCCCACUUUGUGGGCGUGGACGGAGUUCGCGCCUUCCUGCAGACCUAUUCUCAUGAAGUCUCCCUCACCGCGGACUCGCGGAAGAGUCACCUGAUCUUCCCUCAGCCCAAUUACGCAGACACACUCAUCAGCCAAGAGAGCUGUGAGAAAAAGGAUUUUGUGUCGGCAUCACAAUCUCUGCUUGAAGGUAAAGGAGAAGAAACAGUUUCUCAGGUAAACUAUCUAAAAAAGAAACAAUUUACAAAAAACGAAAUGACUAAUUGCCUGAGAUUCCAAGAAGGCAGAGGACUGGCCCUGCUGUGUGCACUACUGGGGACGCUGUGUGAGACCGGAUCUGGGCUGAUCCGCUACUCGAUGCCUGAGGAGCUGGACAAAGGCUCCUUCGUGGGCAACAUCGCCAAGGACCUGGAACUGGAGCCCCAGGAGCUGGCGGAGCGCGGAGUCCGCAUCGUCUCCAGAGGUAGGACGCAGCUUUUCUCUGUGGACCCGCGAAGCGGCAGCUUGAUUACGGCGGGCAGGAUAGACCGGGAGGAGCUCUGCGCUCAGAGCCCACGCUGUCUCGUAAAAUUUAAUAUCCUGAUUGAGGACAAAUUGAAAAUUUUUGAAGUGGAAAUAGAAAUUAGAGACAUUAAUGAUAAUGCUCCUGAUUUUCUAACAGAGGAAUUGGAAAUAAAAAUUAGUGAGCUAACAGCUCCUGGAACCCAGUUUCCACUUAAGACUGCAUUUGACCCAGAUGUGGGCAUGAAUUCCCUGCAAAACUACCAGCUCAGCUCCAAUGACUACUUCUCCCUGGCUGUGAAGGGCAUCUCUGGUGGGGGCAAGUACCCAGAGCUGGUCCUGGAGCAGGCCCUGGACAGAGAGGAGCGGGAGGCUCAUCAGCUUGUCCUCUCUGCCUCUGAUGGUGGCGACCCCGUGCUCUCCGGCAACUUGCGCAUCCAAGUGAUAGUUCUGGAUGCAAACGACAACCCACCAGCGUUUACUCAGGCUGAGUACCAUGUAAGCGUUCGGGAGGACAGGCCAGUGGGCACGCGACUGCUCAGGGUGAAUGCUACCGACCCUGAUGAGGGAUUCAAUGCUCAAGUGUCCUAUAUCCUAGAUAAAAUGCCUGGGAAAACUGCUCAGACUUUUUAUCUCGACCCAGUGACUGGAGAUAUAUCAAUAUUAAAAAGCCUAGAUUAUGAAGAUGCUAUGUUCUAUGAAAUUAAAAUUGAAGCCAAAGAUGGACCCGGUCUCUUUUCAAGAGCCAAGAUUCUAGUCACAGUUCUGGAUGUUAAUGACAAUGCCCCAGAAGUUGCAAUCACUUCUCUCACCAGUUCAGUCCCAGAAGAGUCUACUGCUGGAAGAGAAAUUGCCCUUAUUAAUGUGCAUGACAGAGAUUCUGGGCAGAAUGGGCAGGUCACAGUUUUUGUCCUUGAAAAUAUGCCAUUUAAUUUAGAAAAAUCUAUAGAUGGGUAUUACCGUUUAGUAACAGCCAGAUCCCUGGACCGUGAACAGGUGUCGGAAUAUAACCUCACUCUGAGAGCCACAGAUGGAGGAACUCCGUCGCUGUCCACAGAAACACACAUCACCCUACAUGUGACUGACAUCAAUGACAACCCACCUGCCUUCACUCAUGCCUCCUACUCUGCCUAUAUUCCUGAAAACAACCCCAGAGGCACCUCCAUCUUCUCCUUGACUGCUCAUGACCCUGAUAGCGGCCAAAAUGGCUGCCUCACUUACGCACUUACGGAGGACAACCUACAGGGGGCACCUCUCUCUUCUUACGUGUCCAUCAACUCUGACACAGGAAUCCUGUAUGCACUGCGUUCCUUUGACUAUGAGCAAUUCCGAGAGUUGCAGUUGUGGGUGACUGCCAGCGACAGUGGGGACCCACCACUUAGCAGCAACGUGUCACUUAGACUAUUCGUGCUGGACCGGAACGACAAUGCACCUGAGAUCCUGUACCCCGCUGUUCCCACUGAUGGCUCCACUGGCGUGGAACUAGCACCCCGCUCUGCAGAGCCCGGCUACCUGGUGACCAAGGUAGUGGCGGUGGACAGAGACUCAGGUCAGAACGCUUGGCUGUCCUACCGCCUGCUCAAGGCCAGCGAGCCAGGGCUCUUCACAGUUGGGGUGCACACCGGUGAGGUCCGCACAGCACGAGCCCUGCAGGACAGAGAUGCACUCAAGCAGAGCCUCGUGGUGGCCGUUCAGGAUCAUGGCCAACCUCCUUUCUCAGCCACUGUCACGUUCACCGUGGCCAUGGCCGACAGCAUCCCUGAUGUUUUGGCUGACCUAGGCAGCUUUGAGCCCUCUCACGAUUCUGAAGCCUCCGACCUCACACUGUACCUGGUGGUGGCUGUGGCUGCUGUCUCUUGUGUCUUCCUCGCCUUUGUCGUUGUGCUCCUUGCGCUGAGGGUGCGUCGCUGGCACAAGUCUUGCUUGCUCCAGACCGCUAGCGGAGGUAUGGCCGGCGUGCCCGCCACACACUUUGUGGGUGUGGAUGGGAUGCAGGCUUUUCUGCAGACCUAUUCCCAUGAGAUCUCCCUCACCGCGGACUCGCGGAAGAGUCACCUGAUUUUCCCUCAGCCCAACUAUGCAGACACACUCAUCAGCCAGGAGAGCUGUGAGAAAAGCGAGCCUCUCCUGAUACCUCAAGAUUUACUUGAAGCAAACGGAGACCCCAAGCUACUUCAGGUGAGUUUUUGUUUCUUUCUUUGGAUAGUACAAAGAACAGUUAUGCCAAUGUGGUUAUUAUAA